AGAAAGAGAUUUCCUCCUUUGAUUCAGCAUCUCUAUCACAGAGGAUCAACCAAUCCACCAAAAGAAGAUGUCAAACCUCAAUCCUGGAGUAAAACUCAACAGGAUCUGCCCACAUUCAUAAACUAGAGGGAGGUCCUUCAUUCUACAAUAGCCUAUAGGGCUUCAGAUUCAUGGAGGAACCUGUCAGAAGGAGGAAGCAUGUUUAUGAAUGAACAUACUGCUUUCAGACAGUAGCAUGCACUCUGAUGGGGGAUAAUCAUUCGUGUGGAAAUAAGUCCAAGUGUUUGUUUUGGUGCGUGUGUGCGUUUUUACGCAUUUUCCUUCAAACGCAAAAGCUUUAAACAUUAAAGAUGUGUGUUGAUCACUUCUAAGUGUGUCCCCUGUGUAAAGUUACAAACUUUCUUAUAUCUUGCUAAGAUUUUUGAAAGUUGGUUGACAGGAGUGAUGUCAGGAUUUGAGGUUCUGCUCUGUGUUUCUUCACAUAUUUAUAUAUAUAUUUAUGUAUAUACUGCGUCUUGAUGGCGGUGAAUGCCAGCGGGCAUUAGAACAGCAAGCGGCCAUCUGCCAGCCUAGCGAACUAGCAACCCCACCAGCUGCAGUCGCAAAACGCCCUACAAAGCAGGACAUGCAUGCAGCUUCUGACGUCUGCGGCCACACUGCGCUACAAAGACCAGAAAACCCAGGAGCGGAAACAAUGAGAACCGGGCUUCCAGACGUCGCAUAGACCCGCGACCAGCAAGUUUCCAAGCUUCUAAGUGCGCAUCAGCUCCUUUCAGAUGAGCAGUUCUAGCGAUUGAUGAGAAAUAUACCCAAAAAGACUCAUGCAGGGGCACUUUAAUACACCGACAUGGCGACGGCAAGAACAGAGAGGGAGCUUUUUACUAUUUUGGAAACUAGCGCGGACCCAGAAAGUAGCACGGAGUGCGACAGCCAAGAGUCUCCCCUUAAUCUUUCAGCCGAUGUGAAGUGGUUGGAAAUUCCCAACAGAAAGCAGGAUUCGGACGAGGAAGAAGAAGACGAAGUACGGGAGGAGGAGGAGGAGGAGGUGGAGGAGGACGGCGAGGGGGAGAAUGGAAUCACAGCCGCAGCCGCCGCGGCGGAGGCUGCAGACGCGGCCAGCUUCAUCGCUGGAGGAGGCUGCAACAUAAUUCUGGUGACCGGCAGUAACGGGAUCAAGCACGACGAGGAGGACUACGCCGAGGACUGCUAUUAUUCCACCUCCACUAACUGCUCCGACGCCACCUCCAACGAUUCCGAUAUUGAUUUCUCGGAUUUGGAGGAGGAGGAGGAGCGCAGGGGCUUUUUCCGCUUUGACGAUGACCUGGACGAGGACUGCGCGUCUCCGGACUUCUGGGGCGAGCCCGACCAGGUGAUCUCAAUCGAACCUUUCUCCGCUGCCAGUGGCCCUCAGCACUCGCUGGGGGACGAUGCUGACACCCGUGACUAUUUCCGGCUACUCUUCCCAGAUUCUCUUUUUGAACACAUGGUAGAACAAACAAACAAUUACGCCCUCUAUCGGCAAAGGAGAAGCGGGAAAUCAGACCCCCACUGGCAUCCAACUGAUGUCAGAGAGAUGAAGGCCUAUGUGGGUCUGAAUAUUCUGAUGGGCAUCAACCAGCUUCCCGACACCGGCAUGUACUGGGCCAGUGACAUUUUCAUCGGGAAUGCAGGCUUUAAGAAAACCAUGACAGCCAGGCGCUUUGAGAAGCUCACGCAGUAUCUGCAGCUGUGUGACCGAGAGGCUGAGCCGGUGCGUGGGGAGCGCUGCUAUGACGGCCUCUACAAGAUCCGGCCUCUGCUGGACGUGGUGGAGAACACCAUGUGGGACACCUACACGCCCAACCGCUGCUUGACCAUAGACAAAUGUUCCAUCGCCACCAAAGGACGCUUCUCCCCUACUCAGUACAUGUCCUCCAAGCCUGUGAAGAAAGGGCUGACCGUGUGGAUGCUGUGCGACUCGCGCUCAGGCUACUGCCACCGAACCAAAAUCCAUGUGGGCAGGCCCAGCGAAGAUGAGGGGGCGGCUUCCUUGGGCCACAGGGUGGUGACCUUUUUGGUGCGUGGCUUGGAGAGGCAGUACCACCAUCUUUUCAUGGAUAGCUUCUUCACCUCUGUGCCUCUCCUCCAGAGGUUGCUGAGGGACGGGCUGUAUGCAUGUGGGCCCACCCAGCCCGGGCGCAGGGGCUACCCCGAAGUCCUGCGCCCGCGUAACGUUGGAAAAUUAUGCCAGGGGGAGUUCUACCAGUGCCAGCAUGGCAACUUGGUUGCCACAGUGACACGAGACGUGAAGAUGGUUAACUGCCUCUCAACUAAUUCCGCUCCAGGAAUUGUGGGAAUCAGCCCUGGUCGACAGCAGCACGAUAAGGAGGAGGAGGGGGAGAGCGACAGCAUGGAUGGCUGUCUUGGCGUUCCCAGACCUUUGCCCUUGCUGUUGUACCAGGAAAACAUGAGAGGUGUUGACCUCUGUGACCAGCUGAGGGAAUGCUAUCAGGUUGGCAGGCCCUGUAAGAAGUGGUGGCGCUACUUUUUGUGGUUCUACGUCAACCUGUGCAUCGUCAACGCAUACAUAGUGAUGAGGGAGAGCAGAGGGGGCGCGCCACCUGCAGGCUUCAACGGAAAACAGUUCACUCAGCGGCACUUCCGUGUGCGCCUGGCACAGCAGCUGAUUGGAGAUUAUCAAGGGGCCAGGGGCAUGGAGCGGGCAGCACGCAAGAGACACGCAGAUUCGCCCAUAGAGUAUGGACAUCGCCUGGAGCGCAUGUCCGAGCGCUCUAGGCGAUGCAGGAACUGCACCAACAAGGGGCUGCGACAUGAAAGCGUGUUCGGCUGCAAGAUAUGCAAUGUCCACUUAUGCAGGGGCGGCUGCUUCUCUGAGUUUCAUAAAUGAGACAAAAAUGUUGUUUUAUACCUUUUUGUGUCAGGUUUUUUUUUUUUUUCAAAGUCAAGAACAAAAACAUUUAAUUCCAAAGGUUUCUUCUCCAGUUAAGAUUCUAGUCACACACUUUAUGUAGAGCUACUUUUAGGUUAGAUGUAUUAUUGCACGCAUAGAGAAAAUUAUCCAAAAAGCUGCAGAUUAUUUGAAUUAGCAUAGAAUGUUUAUGAACUCGCCUUCUGUAACACUGACAUAUUUGCCUUGUGUCACUUUUUAUACUUAAAGAUACCGUAUGAAUUUUUUUAUCUCUCUAUAUAUAAACAAAUAAAGAAAAGAAAAAAACAAACGUUUCUGCACUUGCUAUAGAUCAGAAAAUGUUUAAGAUUGGAUGGUUAUUUCUUUUUUUUCUAAUAAAGAAUUCAUUUUGAGAUUUUGAA